AUGGUCUGCAUUCCCGUCCUGCGCCAUACGCCCAUUCCUGACCGGAGGGGGCUCGGCGCGCGGCGUCUCCAUGGUCGGAGUGAAAGCGGCUCGCACGCCAAGUUCGGCAUCCUGGUCAUCGCGUUCGUCUUCGGGUUCGUCAUCCUGUUCAUCUGGCUCUACAUCAAGCACCGGGGCAAGGGCGACGAGAUACUCCGCCGUCCUGUUUCUCAUUGUCCACGAGGAACAUCGAAGGGCAAACACAAGCGCAAGCGCAAGCGCAAAGGCAAGGGCGAUGAAAACUGCAACAGUGACGGCAACGGCAAUGGCGAUGAAAACUGCAAUCGCAACGGCAAUCGCAACGGCAACGGCAACGACAACGGCAACUGCGACAGGAACACACCCAAGCCUGACGUUCCUCGGAGACCUAAUGCUGUGCAAAGGAUCAUCAAAGGCGAUACGGCGAACCCUGAGUUGGUUCCUGAACCGAUCGACGGCAUUCUUGAGAUGCCCCGGGCGACGUACUGUCGCUGGGAUCCAAACUAA